UACCAAAGGUUUUCCGACACCAUCAUCUCGAUCAGCACAAUGAAGCUCCUGAUUGUCCUCUCCGCCCUGGUGGCUCUCGCCGUCGCUGACCUGCAGCUCUCGGAUGAGCAGAAGGCCGCGGCCCACGCCAACGGGGCGCUGUGCAUCCAGCAGGAGGGCAUCACCAAGGAGCAGGCUCUGGCCCUGCGGGCCGGCAACUUCGAGGACAGCGAUCCCAAGGUCAAGUGUUUCGCAAACUGCUUCCUGGAGAAGUCUGGUUUUCUGGCCGAUGGCCAGAUCAAGCCCGAUGUGGUUCUGGCCAAGCUUGGUCCCCUGGCCGGCGAGGACACUGUCAAGGCUGUCCAGGCCAAAUGCGACUCCCUGAAGGGGUCCGACAACUGUGACACAGCCUUCCAGCUGUACCAGUGCUACCACAAGCACCACAGCCAGAUCUAGGCCCACUCUCAGUAGGACCUUCAAAUGUAUUAUGUGCAAGAAUGUAUCUGUGAAUUGUUAAGCACUUGUUCUUCCAACCAAAGUAAAUGUAAAACGUCAAAGGUAUAAUUAAUGGAA